CUCGCAGGGCCCCCGAAACGCGAUCGCGUGGAUCCGCAACUUCCCCCCCCCCAAGGCCACCUCUCCCUCCAGUUCCCCAUAGUAUUCAUGUCCUGUGCGGUUUGGGGAAUGCAGGAUCUAAGCUCGUUCGCUCUUUCAUUCCUUCUGUCAUUCUAUUGAACCACGAUCAUUCGCCAUGGCCCAGGAACACACCGUGACCAAGGUUCUCUUGGAAUGGAUCAACAGCUUCUCCUUGGGCAAAACACUUCGAGGAACGGACGAAUUGACCGACGGCAUUAUCCUAUGGGAGAUCCUCCAAGAUAUCGACCCGCAAUACUUUCUCGACGAGAUCCCUGAACGUAGCCCUGCCGACCAUUGGGUCGCCAAGUGGCAGAACUUGAAGCACAUUCACAAGCUCCUGCUCAGUUACAUCCGACACCAGAAUGAUGAUACCCUCCCCUCCGGUCUCGACCCGUCGCCCGAUCUCGAAGCCGUCGCGGAGAAAGCAUCGAUCAAGGAAACGAACAAGUUGCUGAAAUUGCUCCUGAUCGCCGCGAUCAGUUCCCCUAACGCCGGGACUUACGUACAGACCCUCCAAUCACUCACGACUCCGACUCAGGAGGGACUCAAGGAUAUUAUUGAGGAGGCGCAUAAUGGUCAACACGAACCUUUGGACGGAGUCGAUGAUCUCCCGGAAGAGUCCGCAAAGGCAGAUCACCCCGUGGAUUUGGAGCUGCAGUUCGAGGAACGCGUCGGAAAGGUGAUCGCGGAGAACGAUCGUCUGACACACGAGAAGAAGGAGCUUGAAAAGGCUUUGGAGGAUCUGCACAAUCGCCUGGCACGUCUUCAGGAAAACAACGAUACACUGCAGAACCGUCUGGCGUCAACCGAGGAUCGUUUGGUCACCUUGAAGUCUGGCAAGGGUGACCUAGGAUUCAAUGCCAAGGCGCUGGAGAGCAAGACGCGCCAACAGGACGAUCUGAUCGCGUCGCAAGAGGCCAAAUUGAGUGCUGCCCAGGACGAGAUCGACAGUCUUCGCAUGACGGUGGAAUCAUUAAAGGUCAAGAAUCAGCGUUACCAGAAACUACAGGACGACUAUGAUGAGCUACGCACCGAGAAAGAGCAAUUGGCGCGGAAAGCAAACGCAGCAGAAAAGUAUCGCCAAAAGCUUCAAGCCAGUCAGGACUUUGAAAAGGAGAAUCAGACCCUCAAGAACCAGAUCAAAGACAUUCAGCAGCAGCUCAAGGAGUCGGAUUCACAGCAACGAUGGUCUUCCGAGCGUGAAGUCGAGCUGGAGGAGUACCGCAAGUUGCUGCCACGCAUUGAGCAAGAGUGCAACGAGAUUCAGAACCUCAAGAAGCAACUCGAGUUCAAUAAUCAUGCGCUUACAGAGCGACUUCAGAGUGCCGAUGAGCAGCACGAAAGAGACGACGCGUUGAUUAGUGAGCUACGCGAACGCCUAGGAGAGUUGGAUGGUCUUCCUGGUAGCCAGUCGCCGGGUUCUGAGACCCCCAAGAUGCAAGGCACUUUGAAUAAGGACUUUGAGGCUAUUGGCAUGAGGGAAUCACAGCUAAAAUCCGAGAACGAGGACUUGAAGCGAGAGAUGGAAUCUUUGAAAGCGCCAUCGACCGCUCCCGAAGCACCCGAAAUCUUCUCUGAAAACUUCAAUACAUCCGUGGAAGUUGCCCGUGCCAACUCCACUCAAAGCGACGAGUAUUGGAAGCUAUACGAGAAUUAUACUGGGGCAUUGAAGAAGAUUGCUGAAAUUCAAGACACCCUGGAAACUACCAAGAAGGACCUCUCAGAUGCCCAAACUCAGAUCUCACUCUUUUCUACCGAAAAGCCCGAUCUCCUCCGCGAACUUGAAGAGCAUAACUCGGCCGAGCUGGCUAAGCUUCGUAGCGAGUGGGACAAUCUCAUCCAGAACGUACACCACCUGGAGGCCGAAGUCGACGCUAGCCAGACGCUGGUGCGCGAAGUAUGCUCCGAGCGUGAAGAGUUACGCAAGAUGCUGGACACCAAACAGAACGAGAUCAGUGCCGAGGACCAGGAGGUGAUGAACGAGAUGCAAAUGCUGUUGGGCGAAUUCGAAAUCGUGAACAGCGAGGGUGGCGAGGUGCCACAAAAGUCGAGCUUUGAGCUUCUGAAGCAGUGUGCUGGUGUCUUGGAGAAGAACAUUGAGCGGCUUGCUCAGCGCGCAGAGUAUAUUCAACAGCAAAAUGAGCUUAUCAAAUCGCUCCGAGAGAGCAUGAAGAACUAUGAAGAGAAUCUGGAUGAUGGAAUUUCCAGAGAACGUGAAAUGGAGCUCCAGAGAACUAUUGACGACCAAGCCCGAGAGCUUAGCCUCGUGAGUUCAGCCUGGUACCACCUCCAGAGUCGAUGGCAGAACAACAACAUGACCAUCUCACGAUACCGACAAGGCGCAAAUAUGACCGAUCCUCGUGGCUGGUUGGCCAAGCAGCGUAGUGUAGUUGCUGGUCAAUAAGCCUACGUUGACGCCUUUCCUGGAUUUGAUAUAUCUUUCAACGGCGCCCCUCGUUUGUUCUUGUGGUUUUUCUUUCUUUUCGUUUAUUACCCUUAGAUCGAAUCUCCCUUAUAUCCUUUGAAUUGUAUAUUUUCAAUUGCGUAUAGAGUAUGUGCCCUUUGACCGUUGAUAUUCCUGGCUUUUUUCUUCUUUGGACAGGCCGUGAUUCCCUGUACACAUGUGUUUGAAUUCACUCUGUGAUUUUUGUGUUCACUAUAUACAUUAUGCCUUGAGGAUUCGAGGUUGCAAAGCACCACUUUUGAUUCAAGACCAACCAUUUGAUUUUUUCCAUUUCUGGAAUUAUGACUGCAUCAAUUAUCUUUAUAUCAAAGACAGGUGAUUACAAGUUCGAUAUGAAAGGAAGCCGGAAGCUGCAGCAUUUCGGCAAAUAUUAUUUUUGAGUAAUAUACAUAAGAGACCUCGAUCUUCCCAAUCAUGAGACAAGGAUACAAUAUAUAGGAAUUCUUCAGAUCAAGAAAGAAGAGAUCAAAGCAGGACAUGCAACAAAUCAACCCUCAACGAAUGGCGCCCAUGAUCAAGCCCACUGCCGAGGGUGCUUCAGCACAUCGAUAAUCUCUUUCUCACUAGUCUUGUCUUCAGCAAGAUCAUCCUCAUCAACCAGCAUACUCUCGGUACGAGUACCCGAAACGGGAUCCAUAUAAGCCCAGCUAGCCGUGCGGGGCAGACUCAUCAAAAUACUCUCCACGCGAGCAUUAGGAGUCCGCAGGCCGAAGCUAGUACCUCGGUCGUAAACGAGGUUAAACUCGACAUACCGACCACGGCGCAGCUGUUGCCACUGCUUCUGCUCCGGGGUGUAUGACAUGUCCUUGCGCUUCUCGAUGAUAGGCACGUAGGAGGGGAGGAAAGAAGCCAGACCAUCCGAGACGAAGGAGAACAGGGUCUCUUGAGGGUUCGACGAAGAACCGGCGGACGUUUGGAGGAAAUUGGCAUCUAGAUCGUCGAAGAAGAUACCGCCGACGCCGCGGCAUUCGCCGCGGUGGGGGAGAUAGAAGUACUUGUCGCACCAGGCCUUGAACUUGGGGUAAUAAGUGGGAUCGUGGCGGUCACAGGUGUCCUUGAUGGUCUUGUGGAAGUGCUGAGCAUCCUCGGGGAAAAGGUAAGACGGGGUUAAAUCCGUACCACCACCGAACCACCAGUUCUUAUCACCAUUGAUAGGAUCCUUUGGAUCCGAGGUCUCGAAGUAUCGGUAGUUCAGAUGCACAGUCGGAGCCAUGGGGUUAUGCGGGUGCAGCACGAGCGAGAGACCCGCGGCAAAGAAGCUUAGAGAAUCGACGUCCGCACCGACAAAGGACUUGUGGUCUGCGCGCAUCUUUUCAAUAGCCGGCCGAGGCAAUUCGCCGUACACGACGGAGACGUUGACGCCGGCCUUUUCGAAGACGUUUCCGUCUUGCAGGACGCAUGAAAUGCCGCCGCCGCCGUUGGGUCGGGUCCAGGUAUCUUGCUUAAACUCCUUGCCGUCUAUCCUAGCCAAUUCUGCGAUGAUCUUCUGCUGUUGCUCCUUGAUGAGCUUUUCCAUUCGCAGGCGCAUGGGGGAGGACUCGGUGAUUUGGGAGGAUUGCUUCAGAGCUGCGUCUAGCUCGGCGAUGGAUGGGGCGUCAAGGUCGGUGACUUCUCCGGUGGCCUAGAGUAGACUUUUAGCAUAUAUGACCAUGGACAAUUGGUCUCACGUGGGUUGUAGUGCCUACCAUAGAAUAGAUAAUCAUACCAAUGAACGGCACGCCGACUGCGAGACGCAGGUAGGGUCUCCACACGGUGAAUUGCUGCUUCCCACGAGACGAGUUCUCAGUGUUAUAUCCACGGACAGAGUAGCCUGCAUUUCGACCAGCUGCGCGAGCAGUUCGGGACGAGAGCUGAGCGAAUGACCUCCGCAGAGGCAUAAAUGAUCGCGAAGCCAUAUUCGGCAAGGUGGUAGGAUGCGCGCACGACCAGGACGGGAAGUAGAGGAUCAAUUGAGUAGGCCGUCACAAUUUCAGUGCAAUACCUCCGGGCGGAAUACUUGUUAGCAGAUAAAUGGACGCCCGAUGGUUCCCCGAGGAAAGUCGUUCGCGAU